CUACCAGGUGUAUGUAAACUUUUUGCCCCGACUGUACAUUUACAGAACCAAAUGGCAACGUUGUGGAAGGAAUGCACUUCAGCUCUUUUCCUCUGAAUUAGAUCACUCCGAAACUUUAAAGCAUACAUGUGUAUAAUACAUAUGCACAUGUACAGUGUACAGAGUAUGUAUGCUACUAAUUAGCCCUGCUGGGAAUUACAAAUUAAUUGCGUAAACUUACCGGUUAUUGAUUUUGCAGCAUUGCGCAUAAUUUGGCAUGCUUUAUUAUCCCUGUGUGAAAUUGGGUUACCAUAACAGCAGUUGUCAAUCCUCCAACAGGUAAAGAAUAAACUAAAAGGUUUGAUGUGUUACGGAAACAUAAAAUUACACAAGUUGAUUGCUUCGUCUUUUUCCUUUCAUUCUUGUGUUUUAAAGUACAUUGUACAUUUUAUGUCAACAUUAUUGUCAUGGUAUUUCUCAACUUGAGGGGAUGAAAUAUUGUACUGUACAUGUACAUUAAGCACUUUGAAGAAAAACGCCUUUUUCAUUUUUUGUUGUGAGUAGUGUUAAAUUUUCUCUGUGCCAAAUGCUCAAGGAAAGUAGGCAGUUUUUUGGGGGGGUCAUGAGUGGUCAUUUACAAUGUACAUGUACAGUUUAACUAAGGCAGCAUUUUACUGGCAAACGGGCAAUAUCCUAUAAAUGUAUUCAUGCAUUUUCUAAUUCCAGACUAAUUUUCGACUUCCAGCACUACAUGUACUCAUAGCAUUUUCUUGCAUGAAUGUAAUAGUACACGCAGUACCCAUCAAUACCACAAGAGUAAUAUUUUUUUUGCUACAGAUGGAUAACGGAUGUACCAUACUCUACAAUACAUGCACUGGUAUUCCUUGGCAAGGCAGGCCAUAGACACCUUAUGAAUAGAAUUUGUUUGCUGUUAACAGCUGAAUAAAGGCUUGCAGCUGCCAGCAAUUUGAUUGGCUGGUUGUGGGGGUGUGUCAGAGGCUAGGCAAUAGUAGGUAAACAGAAUGAUUUGCAUAAAUUUUCUGGAUUAAACUGGUGCGGGUUCUGGAGUGCAGUGUACAUGGAGGACUAGUGGACAGACACUACUGGUACAUGUAUACAACGUACAGUGUAGUACACAUCGACAUGUGUACUGUGCGGCUGUGCACGUAGUCAUCUGUUCAUGUACACAGGUGGAGCUCUUUGUUUUGCAGUUGAAGUUUAGGAAGACUGAUUAUCGUUCUUGGGGUUUAACAAUGUACAGAACAAAAAGUGGGAAGGUACUACUAUAAGGAUCGUAGAAACCAAAGCAACCCGUCUUACCAACAUGUUGAAGGCCCAGGCAUCACGCACCUUGCAACUGAGGCAUCUCUGUGGCCGGUCAAGUGGCCACCGAAUCAGCCGAGCUGUACUUGACUCGAGGGGUUCAUUCACUCGCUACGUCACCGUCAGGACAUCUACGAGUCAAUAUGGCAGCGGCAAUCCCAGUGACUCCUCAGCGAACACGACCACUAUGCAUGGCAGGAGAAGCUCAUAUUCAACAGUGUCUCCUAAAAAGCUCCAAGUGGAGAAGGUGCCAAUCAACAAAGUCUUGGUGGCCAACAGAGGGGAAAUUGCUAUACGUGUUUUCCGAGCUUGCACCGAGCUGGGCAUCAGGACAGUAGCCAUCUACUCUGAGCAGGACAAAGGUAACAUGCAUCGUGGGAAGGCGGAUGAAGCUUACCUUGUAGGGGCGGGGCUUCCUCCAGUGCAGGCGUACCUGGACAUCCCAGAUAUCAUUCGUGUGGCAAGGGAAAACGACGUUGAAGCGAUCCACCCGGGCUAUGGCUUCUUAUCUGAGCGAGCAGAUUUUGCCCAGGCAGUUUUAGACGCUGGUAUCCGGUUCAUUGGUCCCUCGCCGGACGUGGUGCACAAGAUGGGGGACAAGGUUGAGGCUCGUGCAAUUGCCAUGGCUGCAGGUGUUCCUGUAGUCCCGGGCACCGACGGACCGGUGAAAACCAAGGAAGAAGUCAAAGCGUUUGUGGAGGAGUUUGGCCUUCCCAUCAUGCUUAAGGCGGCAUACGGAGGGGGCGGUAGAGGCAUGAGGGUUGUUAGAAACAUGGAGGACGUUGAAGAAAAUUUUGAGCGUGCCACGUCGGAAGCCCUCGCAGCCUUUGGUGAUGGGUCCAUGUUCAUCGAGCGAUUCAUUGAGCGACCCAGGCACAUCGAGGUGCAGAUUCUUGGUGACAAAUAUGGCAAUGCUAUUCAUUUGUACGAGCGGGACUGCUCCGUCCAGCGUCGCCACCAGAAGCUGAUUGAGAUAGCACCGGCCCCCCUGCUGGACCCCAUGCUCCGGAACCGCAUGACCGCCGACGCGGUCAAACUGGCCAACUACGUGGGCUACGAGAACGCAGGCACGGUGGAGUUCCUGCUGGACCAGUAUGGUCGGCAUUACUUCAUUGAGGUCAACGCCCGGCUGCAGGUGGAGCACACAGUAACAGAGGAAGUGACAGGAAUUGAUUUGGUGCAGUCGCAGAUCAAGAUUGCUGAGGGCAGUUCCUUACCUGAAUUGGGCCUAGCCCAAGAUGACAUUCAGAUCCAAUGUAGUGCCAUGCAGUGCAGAAUCACCACCGAGGACCCAGCUAAGAACUUCCAGCCGGACAUGGGAAGAAUCGAGGUGUUUCGUAGCGGUGAGGGCAUGGGCAUUAGGAUUGAUAGCGCUUCGGCAUUUGCUGGUGCCUGGGUCUCCCCCCACUAUGAUUCCCUCCUUGUUAAGAUCAUCGCCAGCGCUCGGGACCACCAGAGUGCUGUAGCCAAGAUGUUGAGGGCACUGGCUGAGUUCCGAAUCCGAGGGGUCAAGACCAACAUUCCCUUCCUACAGAAUGUCCUGACCCACAAGCAGUUUGUCACGGGCCAGGUGGACACCUACUUCAUUGACGACAACCCCUCCCUGACCACGCUGUUCAAGCCCAGCCAGAACCGGGCUCAGAAGCUGCUGCAUUACUUUGCCAACCUGCUGGUCAACGGGGCGUCCACCCCUCUUGCCACGGGGCUCCGGCCAGCCGCAGGAGAGGCUCCAGUCCCUCCCGUGCCCUUCGGAGUGCCACCUCCUCCCGGCUUCAGGGAUAUUCUCCUCAAAGAAGGGCCCGAGGCGUUUGCCCGAGCAAUCCGCCAGCACAAGGGCCUGCUUCUGAUGGACACCACCUUCCGUGACGCUCACCAGUCGCUGCUUGCCACCCGGGUGCGGACGUACGACCUGAAGAACAUAUCGCCGUUUGUGGCCCACAACUUCAGCAACCUGUGCAGUAUUGAGAACUGGGGAGGCGCGACAUUUGACGUGGCUAUGCGGUUCCUCCAUGAGUGCCCGUGGGACCGGCUAGAGACACUCCGAGAGCUCAUCCCCAAUAUACCAUUCCAAAUGUUACUGCGUGGAGCCAAUGCAGUCGGCUACACCAGCUACCCUGAUAACGUUGUAUUCAAAUUCUGUGAGCUCGCCCACAGGCACGGCAUGGACAUCUUCCGCGUGUUUGACUCCCUCAACUACCUGCCCAACAUGAUCCUUGGCAUCGACGCGGUGGGGGCAUCGGGGGGUGUGGUGGAAGCAGCCAUCAGCUACAGCGGGGACGUGUCAGAUCCCAGCAAGACCAAGUACACCAUGGACUACUACCUCAAGCUGGCCGAUGAGCUGGUCAAGGCCGGCACGCACAUCUUGUGCAUAAAGGAUAUGGCCGGACUGUUGAAGCCCAAGGCGGCCACCAUGCUCAUCGGUGCCCUACGAGACAAGUACCCGGACAUGCCCAUCCACAUACACACACACGACACCUCAGGCGCCGGUGUGGCGGCCAUGUUGACAGCCGCUGACGCAGGGGCCGACGUUGUUGACGUUGCUGUGGACACCAUGUCAGGGAUGACCUCCCAACCCAGCAUGGGUGCCCUGGUGGCAGCAUGUGAAGGCACUGAAAAGGAUACAGGCAUCCCACUGGAUCAAGUCUUCAAGUACAGUGCCUACUGGGAGAUUGCCCGGCAGUUCUAUGGCCCCUUCGAGUGUGCAGUGACCAUGAAGAGCGGCAAUGCGGACAUCUAUCGGAACGAGAUCCCUGGCGGCCAGUACACCAACCUGCAGUUCCAGGCCUUCAGCCUGGGGCUGGGUCAUCAGUUCGAGGAGGUGAAGAAGUCCUACGUGGAGGCCAACCGGUUGCUGGGGGAUCUCAUCAAGGUGACUCCGUCCUCCAAAGUGGUCGGAGAUCUGGCUCAGUUUAUGGUCCAGAAUAAACUGGACGGGACCAGCCUGGUUGAGAAGGCCGAGGACCUCUCCUUCCCGACCUCCGUGGUGGAGUUCAUGCAGGGGUACCUGGGCCAGCCGUACGGGGGUUUCCCUGAACCGCUCAGGUCAAAGAUAAUUAAGGACAUGCCAAGAAUUGAGGGCCGUCCAGGGGAGUCUCUUCCACCCCUUGACUUCGACAAACUCCACACGGACCUUGUCGAAAAACACGGCCCCAACGUCCGGGAGGUGGACAUGGUCAGCUCAGCGCUCUACCCGAAGGUCUUUGAUGACUUCAUGGAAUUCCGGAAGGUCUAUGGUCCGGUGGAGACCCUGGGCACGAGGCUGUUCCUCGUUGGCCCACACAUUGCCGAAGAGUUCGAUGUGCAAAUUGAGAAAGGGAAGAGGCUACACGUGAAGAUGCUGGCCAUGGGAGAGCUGCAGGAAAAAACAGGAGAGAGGGAGGUGUUCUUUGAGCUCAAUGGCCAACUCCGAUCAGUACUUAUGAAGGACAAGCUAGCCAUGAAGGAGAUGCACAUUCACCCCAAGGCCACGCCCCACGUCAAGGGGUCCGUGGGCUCACCCAUGAACGGCCAGAUCAUAGACGUCCGGGUGGAGGUGGGCGACCGGGUGGAGAAGGGCGCCCCCGUGGUCAUCCUGAGCGCCAUGAAGAUGGAGAUGGUGGUCAGCGCACCUGUGUCGGGGACGGUCAAGGCACUGCACGCCCGCAAGGGUCUAGCAGUGGAAGGGGACGACUUACUGGUCGAGAUCGAGUAAUGGCAUGGAGAGGCAAGGUAAGGAACCAUCUCACAACUCGUCUUGGACAAAUUGCCGACAAGUUGGAGGUGGAACCAUUCGCUUCACUCGCAAGGAGCUCUGCAUUUGUCACAGAUAAGUUCAGAAUACAUUUUCAUUGACAACUCGGCAACCGUGAACGGACUGCAAAAAAUGGUAAUGUUAAAGCCAGUACUACUCAGCUUUUUGGCAGUGGAAAUGUUGAAGAGGACCAGCGUCAGAAAGAUUACAAUUUGCUGAUUCACUGCCGUAAAAGGUUCAACCCAGCUCUGUGGGGUUAACAUGAAAUGCUAAAAAGUAUUCUCCUACAUUCAUAAAAUAAGUUGGAAAUUGUUGACUGUCUACCAGUGUUGUAUUCAAGUCCAUCAUGAGUCCUGUUUUAAAUCCCUUCACAAGGUCAGUCACAAGUCCCUUCACAAGGCCAGUCAUAAGUAACAGGGUGAACAGUGACAAAAGAAUGCUUUUGUCACAUACAUGUAGCUUGUGAACUGGCUUAAGACAGAAUAACUUGUGAUAGACUUACAGGGACUUGUGAUGGACUUGGAAUACUGCUGUCCACUUUUGAUCUGAGUCCCAUUUAAGUGGUUACUUUAGGAUUGCUUUUGAAGAAGUAGUUUUUUCAGCAUGAUUCAUGUAACUUAAUAUUAUCCUUUAAAAAGCUGGACUCUCCUGUGCUGAUUUGUUGAACUCAUAUCAACAACUGUUUGACGGAAAUGUAACCUUGCGUAGCGAGGUAAUUAUUGCAAGGCAUGUACAUGUAUAUUGCUUUUAAUUUGCUCAUGUUUUAUUGCUGCAUGUGUUGGCAGACAACUCAGAAGGCAUCUCAGUUGAAGGCAUUAUCUUAAGAGGAACCAAGAAACUGAAGGCAGAUUAAGUUCGUGUGCUACAUCUGCUCUUUCUAACUAUUCCUGAGAGACUUGUGGUAUAUGUUCAACCAGGGCAGACGUGCUACAGGGUCAGUACGUGCUAUUCGGUGUUUCCUCGUCCUAGCCACUGGACUUUCAACAUUGCCAAAUAAAAAGCAUAGAUCCUUCUUUGUAUGUUUAUGCACCGUAACAAUUAUUGGAUUGAUAGCAUUUGUCAGCUUACAAAUGCAGCAUGGUUUGAGGGUGGAUAGGAGAGGUUACCUUCCUGUGGUAACGAAAGUUGAAGCACCGAGGUCUGCUGACUUUGACUGUCCUCCCAAAAGAUAAAUCACUUUUAUUUGUUUCACCAUAUCUCAUAAGUGUUCACUUUCCAGUACAGUAUGGGGCAUCAUUUAAAACGUUGAUCAACGUUUACAUGUGCUGCCAUCUUUUCCUGUGUACAUGUUGCCACGGUGAUGCUUGUUAAGUCAGGUGAUAGAUUGACAGCUUCAUACAGUGCAUGAGUGGUAAGCCAUUCCCAUUAACAGUUGACUGUACUUGUGUAUUGGACUUGUGAAUCCUUGUGUACGUCUGGUAAGCAGGGAAAAAGCAACUGGCACAUGAUGGUGAAUGGACCACUGAGAACUUGCCUCUGGUCUAUGAAUAUGUAUGAGGUAAGGUAAUAUUGAAAGCUUAACCUUCCCCAAGUAGUUGUGACUUCUGAGACUACAUCUGAUUCCGAACCUUGUGUAUGGAGCUACGUGUACUGGUGCAUUUAGUCCAGGUCUUUGCCCUGUGUAGAUUUGUGAGCAUGAACUGAUAGUUGAUGUAAUAACGCUUGAAGCUUGCUUUUGAUGUGGUCGAAAUACGAGCAACUGAUUGAAACCAACAAGUAUUAUCAUGACUUCAGGACUUAAGACCCACACCGUUAAUUUUCACAUGUGCUAUCAUAGGUACUAUACAAAGGGAGUGUCCUAGUGCUAAGUGAGAGAGAGUUGAAAGCCUCAGGUUGUGUUAACAAGUAGAGAAAUCUAAGCUACGGUGACACGUCAAACUACCAGGAUACCUUGAAAGACUGAUUUUAUCAAACUGUGAACAGUUUGCUUUCUUUGAAGUUCAGAAGAAGAAAAAGCAACAGCAAUCCCCUUUGCUGUCAUAUUUAUGUAUACAUCUAGAAUGUCGUUUUGCCCGAUGGAUAUGUUUUAAAGUGCUUUUGGUUCGCACUUGUAGGGCAGAAUACUCAAUGGGCAACCAGAGCCAAAGAUCAGUAAUAUUGUACUAAAAUACAUGUGUCUCACAUGUAUCUUGAUUUUUUGCUUUAUCUUUAUCAUAAUCUUUAUUACAAACAGGUAUCUACAUUUUAUAUUACUGGUUAUGUUGGAGGGUACCAGUACUUUUUGUGACAUGAAUAAGUUUCUUUGGAGUGUAUGUUGCCUAAUUUUGUGCCAGCCAUCAAGGUGCAGAUUACAUUUUGGUGUAAAUACAUGUAGUAAUUCAUUUGAAACCUUGUAGAUUUUUUUAAAUGGGAAUGUGCUUGGCUGGUCGGGCAUUUAGUCACGUCCAUUCUCCUAAGCCAGUCUUAAACAUUAGUUUAAUACUGACCAAGUAAGUAUUUGUUUCCCAUUCAUAAACAGUUUUAGUUAAAGAGUCAUCAGAAGUCAAUAUGUAUACAAUAUAAAUUUCCAAAGAUUUUGUUCAAGAAUUUUACUUUUAUGUUCCCCAAUACACCCGUCCAUUUUAUGGUGUGUUCCUUGGAUGUGCAAGUAGUCUAUUUCACUUGCCUUAUAUGGACUUGAUGUGUGGGUGGCGAGUUCUGCAUACUGCAGCGCACACAGACUCUUAACCAAUAGGAAUGGAUUAAACUGUCUCAUAUCCAGGUGAGAGCUCAUUUUUGCACCGUGGGCAUUAUCAAAUCGCCGCAGGUGUUCUUUGUUGAAUAAGGAAACUGUUCUAACCCCCAUUUCAGACAGGCGUUCUAGGGUCGCGGCGAACCAAAUAGAAUUGAGAGUGACUCGGGUCGACCUAAUUUAAUAUUGGGUUUUGGCAGAUGGACAUAAUACACAUGUACAAGCAUUUGUAUUGGGUUCUGCCCAUGAAGAGCAACGUCUGAAAUCAAGUCGUUCUGGUGUCGUUUUGAGCGCCUCCAAGUAUCGAUCUUUCACCUGCGAGCACAUCUCGUCCCUCUUUGCUGUUUCAGACAGCAAUUUUUUGCCACACUUAAUUCAAAAUUUGCUUUUAAUUUGGUUUGGUGCGACUCUGGUACGCCUGUCAGAAACACGGGUAAGGUAUUUAUGAAUGAAUGUUAACAACCGUGUUAAGGAAAGUGAGGUCAGAACUGCAAAGCUUUUGAAGAGCAAACUGGUGAAUGUUUGUCUAUUCACCAGAACUGGUUGAUUGAGCAGACUGAAAAAUGGAGUCCAACCCUAACCUUCCCCAACCACACAGAAUUAAACAGUAGUAAAGUGUUUAAUUCUGUGGG